CGCAGCUUACCGUUCAACCUGAGAGCGUUAGCGGAGCAACAGACGAUAUUGUGCAACUUUCUCCAGCUGUGGAGCUCAAACUCCUUCAUGCUGGAGGGCAGGUGAUGCGCUAUCAGGUUCUGCUGUCGCUGAUGCUGUCCAGCCAGACCAAAGAUCAGGUGACCUCGGCAGCCAUGUUGCGCCUGCGGGAGCAUGGCCUCACGGUGGACAAUGUUCUGCAGACGGACGACGUGACUCUGGGGCAGCUCAUUUACCCGGUGGGAUUCUGGAAGAACAAGGUGAAGUACAUAAAACAGACGACCGCAAUCCUGAAGCAGCAAUACGGAAGUGACAUCCCCAGUACCGUUAGGGAGCUGGUGAACUUGCCGGGAGUUGGGCCCAAGAUGGCCCACUUGGUCAUGAACAUUGCCUGGAACAACGUGACUGGGAUCGGUGUGGACACCCAUGUGCACAGGAUUUCUAACAGAUUGAAAUGGGUGAAGAAGGAAACUAAAACCCCCGAGGAGACCAGAGUGGCGCUCGAGGACUGGCUGCCCAGGGAUCUCUGGAGUGAGAUAAACUGGCUCCUCGUGGGCUUCGGCCAGCAGAUCUGCCUGCCUGUGAACCCUCGCUGCAAAGAGUGCCUCAACAGACACAUCUGCCCGGCUGCUAAGAGAUGCUGAGGGGAUGGCUGCUCCUCCUAGAGCAACAGCUCCGCACCGGGAUUGUGAAGCCGCUGGACUCUGAGCCCCAGUAAGACUGCAUUGGGCUUGGGGAGAGACCUCGUGCUGCAGAGAGAUGGGAUGGGAAUGCAGCAGCUCCCCGGCGAGAGCAGAUCUCUGAAGGGGAAAAGCGCGCUCUGAAAUGCAGCCGUCCCGCUGAGUCAGCUCGGCAGGAACAGUCCCUCGGUGUGGGUGUCUAACACAAACACUGCGCAGGGACAGUGGGAACGGGGAAGUGUUACACACUGCGGUGUCUGGGGCAGCUGGAAGGAGACUGCCGCCAGCUCGGGGCCUGGCCCUGCCCAGAGUCCCUGCCUCAAGCUGGUUGGUCACAGACUGGCUUAAGAAAGGUGGUUUUUUUAUUAAGGUUUUACUGACAACUCUACAGGCCGGAGGGAGCCGUGGUGGCCUCAGCCACAGCUGGCGGGCAUAGGGAGUGAGCAUAGCAAGGGCCAGCUGGAGGCAGGGAGGGGAGCAUGGGGCAGCCCCCCAUGGGGAGGGAUAUUACAUUAAAAAGGUACAAUUCGGGCUUCACAAAGAUGAGCCCAGCCACCCAGACCAGGACGUUGGGGCUUCGCUCGUAGCCAAGAACGGGGGGAGCAUCGAGAGUGAUGCAGAGAAGGGCCAGCAGCGCCGCUCUUAAGUUCAGCUUUGGCAACGCUGCCCCUCUCUGAACACUCUCUCCCCCUGGGAUCUCCUUGGAUCUUGGGCCCUGAUGCAGGACAGCCCAUAAAGCAAGUCUGCCGGAUUUAAGCACAUGCGUAAGUGCAGCAACGGGGAUGCUAAAAUAGCUCUGUUUCUGAUCCUGGGGCUGUGUCUGCCUUUCAAAGGGUGCCGGAUGGCGAAGGCGUUUUUCAAAUGGGUAUGAAAUUUGGAGGGGUCAGGUAUUUGAAUUUCCGGUGUGGUGGGAAUCAGUCACAGAACCACCCGUUCCAGUAGCAGCUUUGGCUUAAUCAGAUGAUAAAUAUUGUUUUGACUGAUCCUUCGUGUGUCCAGAUUUAACCCCUAAAGAACUGAGGGCCUGUUGGAUUGGAAAGAGGAGAACACCUCAGCCAGCUCUAUCACAGCUGGGGGUGGGGGGAAGGAAACAGAAAAUCCCCCUAAAUACUGCAGGAAUUUCCCAUAGGACUCUAGUGUGCUUCCAAGCAGCUCUGCACUGAAGUCCAGAGUGUCAAAGGGAUUUAGGUGCCUUUGAGGAGUUGGGCCCAAACUGGGGAAAACUUUGCUACUGAAACUGUUAAGAUUCCAACAACUUGUUCUUGCACUAGUAUCGCACAAGCUUUGCCUAGCACAGGGGCAAAAUCAGCAACGGGCUGGAGUGGAAGGGCUGCUUUAUUCUGAUUGCAUAAUACUGCGUAAUCUUGAUUACAGAGCGGUCACCCACAAAGCCUACACCUGCGGUGCUCUGUCCUGACCUGGCCGGGUUCUAUGUCUCAGGCAUAAGCACUGCAGGUUGGGAGUUUGUCUCUGUAUUAAAGGUGGGGACAUACAGAGAGGGAAAUCUGGCUUGUGCUUUUUUUUGGCUUCUUUCUAAUGUUUAAAGGAUGUCUGCAAAGUUAUGCUCUCCCUCCCCCCCACACCACACGCACACACAUACACACAUCAGAAACUGAAGUCUCAUCUACACUGAGGCCUACUUAAAACUGGAGCAGUAGCGGGUGUAUAACAUCAGAAACACCAAGGAAGAGAGCUGAUAGAGAGAAGUGAUUUUUUUUUAAAUAAACUUUUAAAAUGUUUAGUUUAUGCCUCUUUAUCCCCAACACUUGGGCAAAAAGUUCUUUGUGCUAAAGAUUCACCAUACCCAGCUUUUUCCAAUUAAGGGUUGAGAAAUAUGGAUUUCAGAGUCAUGAAAUGAAGCCAAUACUAGACAUUCCUAAAUUUAAAAAAGUAGUAAACCAAAAUCAAACCUUUCAGGCGCCCUUAUACCUCCAAGAAGCUAAAAAGGGCACCAACACUUUUCUUCCGUUGCAAGUCACCGUUCUAAGCAACGACAACUAUUAACCCAUCGCAGAACUGCAGAAGUUGUUUGGCCCACUCUUCUAACCAGCCAGUGGAGGGAAUGGAAUUUAAUAUAACACGCUAUUGUGCUUGCUUUCUGACGCUCUUUACAACACCAAGACUGAAAUGAAGAACAGACUAAUUACCCUUUUAAGCUGUACAUGGCAAAACAAAGUUUAUUAUUGACAUUACAGUAUACAUUGUCUUUACAAUGCAGAUAACUUUAUACUUGUAUUGGUUUUUCAAGUUAAAUGUACAGAAACUGAAUAAUUAUUAUUACAGAGCUACUAGAUGUCAGAAAUAGCGAUAAGUGCUUUAACCAUGAGCCGUUUCCAUGGACUAUGCAGCGAUAAUUUUAAAAUCUUAUUGGUACAUAUUUGCAUACCUGAUUUAUUUUGAUCAGCAUUAAAAAAAAAAAACACAACCAUGCUAUUUUCCCCUC